AUGUCAAUUCUCGGAGCGGAUCCAGCGGGAUACGGAUAUUAUCUUUAUCCGACUUCAAAACCAGAAGUUUCUAACGAGAAAAACAGCAGCACUAGCGGCUCUGGAAAGCGUAUAAGGCCUGCCUAUCUUGAGGACUGGAAGAGACAUAGCUGGGGAUCAAGUUCAGACAAUGGCCGUGUUAGUACAACCGCGGCACCAAGUAGUAAGGCCUGGAAGGAUGCCAGGGGCCGUAGUUUUCGGAGAACUGUCACCCAAGCCAUACCAGAAGAAGCCGGAGAUUCACUUGAUCCAGAUAUGCGUGCACAAAGCCCUGACAGCGGGUGCGACUCGUCAGAUAUGCCUUCUACGGGAAAGGGAAAGGAGAUCGAACAUGCCGAUGCUAUUUUGAGGGUGUAA